AUGUCCGAUUCCAACAAAAAGACAGAAAAAGACAAUCAGAAUACCAAUAUACAAAGCAUUGCUGAUCAAAAGACAGUAUUAGAAGAUUUAGCACAUUUAAACGAGAUUCAUACAAUAAAUAAUGAACAAUUCCCAAGCCAACAACAAAAAACUUUAUUAUUAUCACCGGAAGUCUCUAUUUUAACAAACAAUACAAAUGAAUCAGUUAAAGAAGAGGAACAGGAGCGUUCUGUUCCUAUUUUUGAACGAGAAAAGCAGCCAACUAUAGCUCCCCAAUCUAAAUAUUCGCUUUCAGCACUUUCUCAAUCAAAAAACUCAUUAUCAUCUCCUAUAUCAGGAGGAACAUCUACAAACAAUCUGUUAUCAAGUAAUUGCGUUACUAUAAAAGAAAAACCAUCAAUUCGUAUUCAUGUUCCUUUAAAAGGACAAAUAAAUGUUUAUGUAAACUUUGCUCGUGAAGCAGAGAAACAAUAUGGAUGGGCAGCAUUACAUCCAUUGCAAGCUGCAAAUUUAACAAAACUUGGGUUAUCGAAAUUUGAUCAUGAUGCGGAGUCAGAUGAAGGAGACGAAUCAGAAUCUAAUAUGGAAGAUGACGGGAAAUCCAAACAGCAUGUUGCACAAAAAGAAAAUGAACAUCCAAAUCAAGAGCCUUUUAUAGAACCGAAAAAACGGAAAAGGAGAAUUCAGGAAGAAGAAUACGAUACUCUUGAUCCUUUUAUUGAUGAUUCUGAGCUAUUUUUGGAAGAAAUUGCUGCAUCAAAAGACGGUUUUUUUGUAUUUUCAGGACCACUUAUACCAAAAGGCGAUAAAGUAAAAAUCGAAAGAACAGAUGAUUCUACAAAAAAGGGACGUGGACGAGGGGGAAAACAAAAUACAAAUCGUACUAAUAACAAAAAUCCAAAACCAAAAGAAAAUAAAAGUCCAAAAGAUAAUUCUGGGAAAAAAAAUACAAAAGUAACUCAAAAUACAAAACAAGCUUGUGAACAAUUAGAAAAUAAAGAACAUGCUCAUUUACAGAAAACAACUGAGAAAAAAGAAACAAAAGAAUCAAAACCUAUUAAGGAAUUAAAAAUACCUGAAGAGGAUGAAUCAAAAUCCCAAAAAAAUACAAAAGAAAUUAAAGAUAAAGACGUGACAGAUGGACAAAAAAAUAAAAAGCCUAAAAAACCCGAAAAAGUUAUAAUUAACCAAAAUUGA